CCAAUGAAGCAUGAGUGACCUAUGAAGUGAACGGAAGGGAACUAAAAUUUCUCUAGGGAAGACCAGAAGCAGAGAAGCAAGGAAGAGGACUGCUAGCCCCAAACUCCCUGGCAAUCUCACUUGUAGCAGAAAUGAGCAGCUUAGCGCUGUUCUUGCCAAGCUCAUCAUCCUCUCUGCUCCUCACAAAGCAGGCCCACCCGACCAAGGGCAGGGCAGCUGCAGUUGUGAGGUGUAGCAGCGGAUCACAUGAGCAGGAGAGGGAUGGGAUGGCCUUGCUAGGGAGGAGGGAUGCGUUGGCGUCUGCGGCAGCUUGUGGAGUUUCAGUGCUUGGUUUUGCAGGUGAUGGCCUCGCAGUGGCAGGGCAGGGCCUGCUGGCAGGGCGGAUCCCUGGGCUGUCUGACCCUGAUAAAAAUGGUUGGAGAACAUACCGUAGGCCAGAUGAGAAGUCGGGUGGGCACGGAGUCGGUUGGAGUCCAAUCAUCCCCUACAGUUUCAAAGUUCCUGGUGGCUGGGAAGAGGCGCCAGUGUCGAUUGCUGAUCUCGGUGGCACGGAGAUCGACCUACGGUUCGGGAACCCAAAGGAGGGCCGAUUGUCCGUCAUCGUAGCACCCACUCGGAGGUUUGCAGAUGACCUUGAGGAUGCCACAAUCGAGAAGAUCGGCUCGCCGGAGAAGGUGAUCAAUGCCUUUGGACCGGAGGUCAUCGGCGAGAAUGUGGAAGGGAAGGUUUUGGCCACAGCCACAGCAGAGUAUUCUGGAAGAACGUACUACCAGUUUGAGCUGGAGCCACCCCAUAUUUUCAUCACGGCUACUGCUGCUGGGAAUAGGCUCUACCUGUUCAGCGUAACUGCAAAUGGGUUGCAAUGGAAGAGGCAUUACAAGGAUCUGAAGCAAAUAGCAGAAUCAUUCCGCGUAGCCUAGGGUUCAUGGAUUUGUUCAACGCGUAAUCUGUUUUAUAAUUAUAGAAAAUGAGGGAUGCCGUUAUGUGAAGGGAGGAUAAAUACACAUCAUUUGUAAUGAUGAUUUCUCAAAGCUGAUAAGGUUGUUAUAGUAUGUAA